AUGUUCGAUCUGGCCAGGGGGCCUAUGGCCACGAUUCCACCGCGAUAUCUUAGGCCUGGUCAGGACUCUCCGAUCAUAUCAGACACUUCUUCCUUUCCCAUCCUCCCAGUGAUCGACUUGCGGAACUUACUCUCUGCAGAUUUAAUGAAUUCAGAGCUUGAUAAGCUCCAUUCUGCCUGCAAGGAGUGGGGUUUCUUCCAGUUGAUCAAUCAUGGAGUUAGUUCUGAAUUGUUGGAGGAAGUCAAACGUGGGAUCGACGAGCUCUUUAAACUACCAUUUGAAGAGAAACAGAGGCUGUGGCAAGAGCCAGGCGACAUGCAGGGCUUUGGACAGCACUUUGUUGUGUCAGAAGACCAGAAGCUUGAUUGGGCUGACAUCUUUUGCUUGGUUUCGCUUCCAUCUCCUUUGAGAAAUCCCAAUUUGUUCUCUAAGCUCCCUAUUACAUUCAGGGAUACCGUGCUAGCAUACUUAGCAGAGGUGAGAAGCAUUGUGAAGGUGUUACUAGGCCAUAUGGCCAAAGCAUUAAAGAUGACAGAAGAGGAAAUGAAGGAGUUGUUUGAAGGGGGAAUGCAAACACUGAGGGCAAACUACUACCCUCCAUGCCCACAGCCAGAGCUUGUUAUUGGCCUGACCCCUCACUCCGAUGCGGCCCUGCUGACCGUCCUCCUCCAACUCAGAGAUGUGCAAGGCCUACAGAUUAGGAAGGAUGGAAUCUGGAUUCCUGUCAGGCCUCUUCCUGAUGCUUUUAUAGUUAAUGCCGGAGAUAGCUUGGAGAUUGCGACCAACGGAAUCUACAAGAGCAUUCAGCACCGAGCAGUGGUGAACUCAGAGAGGGAGAGGGUGUCCAUUGCAGUAUUUCAUUCCCCAAACAUGGGUGGAGAGUUAGGUCCAGCACACAGCCUCAUCACUCCCCAGACUCCUGCACAGUUCAAGAGGGUGAGAGUGGAGGAGUAUUACAAAAGAUUCAUGGGUAGCAAACUUGAUCAGAAAUCAAACCUUGACGCAAUGAGGAUUCAGAGCAGUUGCAAGGAUGGUGAAGACAUUUGA